AUUUCGAAUUCGAAAAGAGAAAAAUAAAAUCCCCCCGCAGUUGCAACGGUCGGCUCCCCCCUCCAUUUUCCCCAUCGCCCUCCUCCGAUUCCUCGCCAUCCUCGCCGCCUCCACGCAUCUCUCCAUCCCUCUCGACGCGGGAUCGAUCGAUAGGCGAUAGCCUUCUGGGGCUUGGCGCGGCUCGGAUUCGAAGUGGGGGUUUGGCGCGGCGGAGGAGAUUGGGCGUGGAUUUGAUUUCAUUUCGGGGCGCGGUGGUUGAUGGAGAUGGAGGAGGAAGGGAGCGGGAGGGGAGGGGAUGGCCCCGCCGCUCAUGGCCGGAUAGGCGGCGACUCGCCGGUGAUGGUGUCGUCGGCGUCGGUCAGGAAGACGGUGAAGAUGUCCGAGACCUGCGACUUCAUCCCCUACGUCGACGACGACGACGACGGCAACAGCGAAGAGGAGAAUUCCGCCUCGUCGGGGAUCCUCCCGUGCGACGGGAUGCAGCACGACACGCCCGAUUACAUCAGGAGGGGCGCCGCGGCCGCCAGGCACAGGAUCGCGCCGCUCGAGCUCUUCUCGGGCCCCUCGCCGCCGCAGGGCCCGCCUUCUCCUUCUCCGGCCAUCGGCGGUGCCGCCCUGGAAGCCACCUCCAACGAUGGCGUGGCCGAGCCGCAGGUUCAUCCUCCCGAAGGCAUUUCUAGCAUCAUAAGCACAGGUGGUGGAGAGCAGGAGACCGCCACCAUGGGUUCACAAAGCGUGCAUGAAACACUUCACAUUGAGGAAAAUGAGGGAAAAUGCAGCUGCUGUGGACAGCUCAAGCAGGAGUACUCUCUGCUUUUGAGGGAGAAGGAAGAGUGCAGGAGAGUUUUGGAGGACUUGAUGAGGGAGAACGAGCUCAAGAGCAGGGAAUGCCACGAGGCUCAGGCGUCCCUGCACGAGCUGAGGAUGGAGCUGAUGCGAAAGUCAAUGCAUGUUGGCUCUUUGGCAUUUGCAGUGGAGGGGCAAGUGAAAGAGAAGAGUCGUUGGUGUCAGUUGCUGAACGAUUUGAGUGAGAAAUUUAAGGCAUUGAAGGCAGAGCACCAGAUUUUACUACAAGAAUCGCUUGAAUGCAAAAAAUUUGUGGCAGAUGCUACACAAAUGACUACGACAAUCCAACAACAUGUGAACCAAUAUGCAAGUUUGGAAUGUGAGUUUAAGGAUCUCAAAGAGAAGUUCACUGAGGAGACAAAAGAAAGAAAAGAUCUUUACAACAAGCUUAUAGAGGUCAAAGGUAACAUAAGAGUUUUUUGCCGGUGUCGGCCAUUAAAUGGUGAAGAAAUUGAAGAAGGGGCUUCGAUGGCAGUUGAUUUUGAAUCUGCAAAAGACGGCGAACUAAUUGUCAGAGGGCAUGUAUCUUCAAAAAAGGUUUUCAAAUUUGAUUCUGUUUUCAGCCCUGAAGAAGAUCAAGAAAAGGUGUUUGAGAAAACUGUGCCUUUUGCAACUUCAGUGCUGGAUGGGUACAAUGUUUGCAUAUUUGCUUAUGGACAGACGGGCACUGGUAAAACAUUUACAAUGGAAGGAAUUGAAGAUGCUCGAGGGGUUAACUACAGAACUCUAGAGGAACUCUUUCGAAUUACCAAAGAAAGACAAGGCCUUUUUCAGUAUGAGAUUACUGUCAGCGUUUUGGAAGUGUACAAUGAACAAAUUCAUGAUUUGCUGCUGACAGGGACUCAGCCUGGUGCAACAGCCAAAAGGCUAGAAGUAAGGCAAGUUGCAGAAGGAGUUCAUCAUGUGCCAGGACUUGUUGAAGCACGUGUUACUAAUAUGAAUGAGGCCUGGGAGGUCCUGCAAACUGGAAGCAAAGCUAGGGUUGUCGGUUCAACGAAUGCUAAUGAGCAUAGCAGCCGAUCACACUGUAUGCAUUGUGUAAUGGUCAAAGGAGAAAACUUGAUGAAUGGGGAACAAACAAAAAGUAAAUUGUGGUUAAUUGACCUUGCCGGGAGUGAGCGAGUGGCAAAGACAGAUGCUCAAGGAGAACGGCUGAAAGAAGCUCAAAAUAUUAACAAGUCCCUUUCUGCACUUGGAGAUGUCAUAUCUGCUCUUGCAACUAAGAGCCAGCAUAUACCGUUCAGGAACUCAAAGCUAACGCACUUGCUGCAGGACUCGCUAAGUGGAGACUCCAAGACUUUGAUGUUUGUUCAGAUCAGCCCAAAUGAGAACGAUGUGGGUGAAACUCUUUGCUCGCUAAACUUUGCGAGCAGAGUGCGGGGAAUAGAGCUUGGACAAGCAAGAAAACAAGUUGAUGUUGGUGAACUGUCAAGAUAUAAGCUGAUGGCUGGGAGAGCCAAACAGGACAGUAAGAAUAAAGAUGCUCAGAUUAAGAGCAUGGAAGAAACAAUCCAAUCGCUUGAAGCAAAGAACAAGGCCAAAGACCUACUCACUAUGAAUCUCCAAGAGAAGAUCAAAGAGCUGGAAGCACAGCUGCUGGUUGAAAGGAAGAUAGCGAGGCAGCACGUCGACAACAAGAUCGCCCAAGAUCACCUGCAUCAGCAGCAGCAAAGCAAGAAGCCAGAAAACUCACCGUGCCCGACGAGAAGCCCCAUGGCAGAGAGGAACCUCAACUCCACAGCAGAGAAGCCAGUGACGUUGCUCAAAGACCUCGGAAUCGCGAGGCAGAUGUUCUCCGACAGCAACACGGACACCUACAGCAUCAACCACCUGAUGUCCAUGUCGUCGGAGAAGGAGAACAACCCUGCCGGCGGCGCGCAGCCUACAAAAGCCAGAAGAGUCUCACUCUGCGGCGGAGCUCACCAGCAGCCGGCUGCUCCUCCUCGCCGGGGCUCGCUGAUCCCGCUGCCGCGGCGGAACUCACUGAUGCUGCCUCUACCAUUGCCCAAGCCCGCAACACCCGCGGCGGCGGCGUCGCCGCUGGACAUGAUCACCGAGCAGUGCUCCUCGCCGCUGGUGAUCGCCCCCAACGACAUCAGGGGUGGCGGCGGCGGCGGCGGACGGAACAAGAGGAUCAUCAACAGCAUCCUGCGUCGCAGCCUGCAGAAGAAGGUGAUCAUCAGGCCGCCACUAAUGGCAGCUCAUCAGUCAGGGAGGAGGGCCGGCGCCGGCGUGGCUGGUACAACCACCCAUGGCGGCGGCGGCGGCGGGGUGAUGAGAGCGCGGCGUGUGCCGGUGAGCGGCGGCCGGGGAGGAGGAGGGGUGCAGCACAACAGGGAGAAGGAGAGAGGGUGGAACAACGGGACCAGCCUCAGGCAGCUCAACUAGAGUGAUACUCCCUCUAUCCCAUAGUAUAAUGGAUUUUGAAAAGAAGUGAUAUAUCUAGGACUAUGAAUGAUAGUCAUAGAUACGUCGCGUCCCUCUAGAAUCCCUUAUAUUAUGGGAUGAAGGGAGUAUUAUGCAUCGUCACUCAGCUCAGACGGGUGAGUGAAGGAGAGACUUAUAGAAUUGGGAGUAGUUUUAGGAGGGUUUCAGGUGUUGAUACCUCAUUAGAUUGUGUGGUGUCGUGGGUGUGCUUGAGUUCUCGAGUAUUGUGAGAGAACUCUUUGCUGAUGUUUCAUUGUGUUCAUAGAUUGAUGAUUGGAUUGGUUGAUCUGGCUGCCAGAUCUUAGAUUGCUGGAGUGUUUGAUCUGGCUGUCAGAUUCUAUUUUACGAAACUGUUUCUUGCUCGGAUCAGGUUUACAAGUGUUUUCCAGUUCAAGUUUGAUCAAAUUCUGUAAUGAUCUCAAGUGUUUUCCA